ACUCAUACACUUCCACUCAGUACACUCGAAUCAUGUAUUCUGCUAUCGGCCUUUUUGUUGCAUUGUGCGCCCUUUCCCAGGUCAAUUCGGUUGCAAUUGGCCAGAAUUUUGAUUAUCUGACAAAGAUCGUCUCAAAGGUGUCUUCCUUAGAUGUUGGGCCUAACGGAACCUGGACGGUUCCCGUGGUUGGGGAAACCGAAAAAUUUCUCGCUCGUUAUCCUGGAGGAAAGCGGCCUUCUCUGGAAACCAACUCAGGAGAUUUGAUUUAUAGCACCAGGCAACCCGAUGACAUGCUCCUGAUCAGAGACAUUUUUGUUCCGGACACAGUUGAUGAAUCCAGACGAGACCUUUUCUGGAAUGCGGUUAUUCCCGGCGGAAAAAUCACCCAAGUGAGAGCCUUGAAUUUUGGCGAUGAAAAAGCCUUUGCCACCAAUAUUGAAGUGAACAAAGGCAGCGUUCGCCUCUACUUCACGAUACAACCGCAAGCAGACCCACGAGUUAUCUUCGAAGUGUAUGGAUUUGCUAAAGACCAAUGAUUGACUAUUGGCAAAUUGAAAUAAAGCCAUAUUUUUGAAGCUC